AUCAGAUGGCCAUGGAGACCUGUGCUGGACCUGUUACCAUACAGCGAAUCCUGGAGCAAUUACUAGUAGCUGGGUUCUUGCUCUAUGGACCAAAGGACCAGAAAACUAUAGAACAUCUUUUGAUGUAGAGGAUGAAUAUUGCUUUUGUGUGGCAACUGCUAUAAACUACACCCAAGGAGUGGUCAUGAGUCAGCCACAACACGUUCUGGUUGUCCAGCCAAACACAAACCAUUGGCAGACAGGCUUGUUUGACUGCUGUGAUGACUGCGGAGUAUGUUGCUGUGGAAUAUUUUGCUAUGAAUGUUUGGGGUGUGAAGUUGCAGGGAACAUGGGUGAAUGUUGCCUCUGUGGGACAGGCAUGGCCAUGAGGGCCGUCUACCGGACAAAAUACGGGAUCCCAGGAUCCCUUGUUAAUGAUUGUUGCACUGUCCUGUGGUGCCCUGCUUGUGCCCUUUGCCAGCUGAAGAGAGACAUCAAAAAAAGGCGACAAAUGGGAACCUUCUAGGAAGAUUUGUUUGCAUUCAGCAUCUGGCUGCUGUAGAGCUCUAAUGCUUCAUCAUCAUCUUUCAUAAUCAAGCAAAGCAUCAUUUUCAGCAAUAUACCAUAAGCUUGUUCUUCAGGAACUGAUUCAGUUGAUAUUAUUACAGGAAUACAGUUUCUUCUUCUUGACUAUGUAGUUUUGUUAUUGGAAAUUUGUUUUAAAAUUCUGAAAUUUGCGUCAAAAAUAAAAGGUAACUUGAGGCA